UGAUUUUUUUUUUUUUUUUUUUUAGAUGAAGAAAACGCUGUUUUAUUUUUGCCUGUUGGCAUUCAUUCUAAACUGCACGUGGGUACGAGCAGAUGAUGAGGAUGAAGACGAUAAAGAUGAUAAAGAGAAACUGGGAACUGUUAUUGGAAUAGAUUUGGGAACAACAUAUUCUGUAGUUGGUGUAUUCAAGAAUGGACGUGUUGAGAUAAUUGCCAAUGACCAAGGAAACCGAAUCACUCCGUCAUAUGUAGCUUUCACUUCUGAAGGAGAGCGAUUGAUCGGGGAUGCUGCCAAGAACCAGUUGACGACUAACCCAGAGAACACAGUCUUUGAUGUGAAGCGACUGAUUGGACGCGCGUGGAGUGACCGAUCUGUUCAGAAGGAUUUGGAAUACUUUCCCUUCAAAGUAAAAGAGAAGAAUUCCAAGCCGCACAUUGAAGUAGAUGUUGGUAACAAUGUCAGGAAGACCUUUGCUGCUGAAGAGAUUAGUGCCAUGGUGUUGGGCAAGAUGAAGGAGACUGCUGAAGCAUAUCUUGGAAAGACCGUGACCAAUGCUGUGGUGACUGUUCCUGCUUACUUCAAUGAUGCCCAAAGACAAGCCACCAAAGAUGCAGGAGUCAUCGCAGGCCUGAACGUGAUGAGGAUCAUCAAUGAACCAACUGCUGCUGCCAUUGCAUAUGGUCUUGACAAAAAGGAAGGUGAAAAGAACAUUUUGGUAUUUGAUCUUGGCGGUGGUACGUUUGAUGUCUCCAUCCUAACAAUCGAUAAUGGUGUCUUCGAGGUAAUUUCCACAAAUGGCGACACUCAUCUUGGUGGUGAAGAUUUUGAUCAGCGUGUCAUGGAUCAUUUCAUCAAAUUGUACAAGAAAAAGAAGGGCAAGGAUAUUCGCAAGGACAAUCGUGCUGUGCAGAAACUUCGACGUGAAGUAGAGAAGGCAAAGAGAGCUCUUAGUUCCCAACAUCAGGCUAGAGUUGAGAUUGAAUCCUUCUAUGAUGGAGAAGAUUUCUCAGAAGUUCUUACUCGUGCCAGAUUUGAAGAAUUGAACAUGGAUCUUUUUAAAUCAACCAUGAAGCCAGUUAAUCAAGUUCUUGAAGAUUCUGGUUUGAAAAAGAAAGAAAUCCAUGAAAUUGUCUUGGUUGGAGGAUCUACUCGUAUUCCGAAGGUGCAACAGCUGGUUAAAGAAUACUUCGACGGCAAGGAACCCUCAAGAGGAAUCAACCCAGAUGAGGCUGUAGCUUACGGUGCUGCUGUGCAGGCUGGAGUAUUGAGUGGUGAAGAUGAGACCGCUGACCUUGUGCUACUGGAUGUUAACCCACUGACUAUGGGUAUUGAAACUGUUGGUGGUGUCAUGACCAAACUUAUUGGAAGAAACACAGUCAUCCCAACCAAGAAAUCACAAAUCUUCUCCACUGCAGCAGAUAAUCAGCCCACUGUCACAAUCCAGGUUUUUGAAGGUGAAAGACCAAUGACAAAAGACAACCAUCUAUUGGGUAAAUUUGAUUUAAAUGGAAUCCCACCAGCUCCACGUGGUGUACCACAGGUUGAGGUUACAUUCGAAAUUGAUGUCAAUGGUAUUUUGAAGGUAUCUGCCGAAGACAAAGGAACAGGAAGCAAGGAACAAAUCACAAUCAACAACGACCAAAAUAGAUUAUCACCAGAAGAUAUUGAAAGGAUGAUAAAUGAUGCAGAAAAAUAUGCAGAUGAAGAUAAAUUAUUGAAAGAAAAAGUAGAUGCAAGAAAUGAAUUAGAAAGUUAUACAUAUUCUCUAAAAAAUCAAAUUAAUGAUGAGGAAAAAUUAGGAGGAAAAUUAACAGAAGAACAGAAAGAAACAUUAGAAAAAGCAAUUGAAGAGCAAAUUGAAUGGUUAGAUGGUAACCAAGAUGCUGAAAAAGAGGACUUUGAAGCUCAUAAAAAAGUAUUAGAAGAUAUAGCUACACCUAUUAUAAGUAAAUUGUAUGAUGGUGCUGGAGGCGAGGCACCAACAGGUGAUGGAGACGAUGAAGAGCAUGAUGAACUUUGAACAUUUUUAUUAAUUAGGGAAACUAAAUUAUUCUGACCGACUAUGGCAAAACCAGGCACUUUCAUCAAAAAACAAAAACCUUCAAAUAAGCUAAAAUUCCCAUGUAUUGACCAUCUCAAUGCAUGUUUGAAUGAAAAUAUUCAUGAGGAAACCUCACCAUUUACCAAAUUUUCAAUUUUUGAACCAGGUUUUGCCAAUCUCUUAUCUCUAUUAAUUAAUGCUUCAGGGAAUUUUGUAACAAGAUUAACAG